CUGUUGCUUCUUUAGAAAUUGUGAUGAGCAGCUACUAUUCACAUUCCUCGCCCCUUUUAUGUGCACUUAACAGAGGCUAUCAUUUGAAUAUUUUUGGUGUAAAUUAUCCGACUCCUUUCCCAAGAUCGAAAACUGCCCACGCCAUUUCCGCCCUUUUUAUUACUGCUAUCGACUGUUUUUUUACAUGCCCACUUUAAAUAUCACAGAUAUUGGAUCCCCUUCUCCUCAGCGGCGUAUCAUUGGAAAAUCAUCGCGGCCACCCCAUCCCACAUCCCCUGGUCGUCGACGGAAAGAAAUCGGUAAUUACUGGCUGGGUAGAACCCUCGGCAAGGGCUCGUCAGGGAGCGUCAAGCUCGGUAUCCAUAAAGUAUCUGGCGAAAAAGUGGCAGUCAAAAUUAUCCCAAGGACCUAUUUGGCUUCCAACACGUCGGUGGAGCGAGCUGUGAAGCGCGAAAUUGCCAUCAUGAAGCUCAUUGAUCACCCUUAUAUUAUGCGACUCCUGGACGUUAUCGAUCUCGCUUCAUCGUCGAAUUUAUACUUGAUUCUGGAAUACGUUCAGGGCGGAGAAUUAUUUCAGCAUUUGGUGUCGAGGGGAAAGCUGUCCGAAUCAGAAGCCCGUCGUCAUUUUCAACAGAUCAUUUUUGGCCUGGAUUUCUGCCACCGACACCGAAUAUGUCACAGAGAUCUCAAGCCUGAGAAUCUUCUCCUGGAUGAGAAGAAUAAUAUCAAGAUUGCCGAUUUCGGUAUGGCUUCUUUACAACCGGUUGGGUCAUUGCUGGCGACAAGUUGCGGGUCUCCCCAUUAUGCAAGCCCCGAAAUCGUCACUGGUAUUCCUUACAACGGCGCAGCUUCUGAUAUUUGGUCGUGCGGCAUCAUUCUUUAUGCUCUCCUUUGCGGCCACCUUCCUUUUGACGACGAAGAUAUCCGCGAACUGUUGAACAAGGUGAAAGCAGGAAAAUAUAAAAUGCCGUCUACAGUCUCGAGUCAAGCACGUGAUCUUAUCGAGAGGAUUCUGGUGGUCGAUCCGGCAAAAAGAUUGACGAUGAAAGAUGUACAAGAGCAUCCUUGGUUUACAAGUGAUCCUCUUCCGGAUGUAUCACUGUUACCCAGUCCACCCACAGCGGAAGAAAUAGGUCGACCUGUAGCGUCCGUCAAUGACAUUGAUGAUCGUCUACUGGAUACAUUGAAAGUUCUGUGGACAGAAUGGACAUCCGAAGCCAUCAUUGAUUCUUUGCUAAAUGAAGAGCACAAUAUGCACAAGGUGACUUAUGUGCUCUUGCAACGACAUGCCAACAAUUACUGGCAAACAGAAAGAGACGAUGAAAUUCGAUCUCUUACUUCGCCUGCAAAACGGCGGCGUCCAGCAACUAUUUGUGGCGUUGCUUCUGGUAAAGAUUCUUUACCGAGCAUCGAUGGCAUGAUGCUUCAUUUGGCUGAGAAAGAACGGAAAACUCCGCGCGUCAUGCAACAAGUGUCUGAAAUUCAAUGUUCGUCCCAAGCCAACUUGCGCGAUUGUCAUCAACGAGAUCAGAACGCUUCGACGGAAACCGACGAUCCUAUGGAUGGUCUAUCUGCCAUCCCACCACCUCCUUUACCGCCCAAGCCACGAGUCAUUCGUGCCGAUCUAGGACAUCAUGAUCUGACUGUUCAAGCAGGUGUUGAUCAUUGGUGGAUAAACCAAGUGCAAUGUGCUUACGGUUCUUCCCAGCCACCCAUAGACCGAGAUCACAGAGGCUAUCGCGUUUAUCCCACCACAGCCUUACAAAGACCGGUCUGCACGGCUGGUCAUCCGCUUUCAUGCAUUCAUACGCCCCAUAUCAGUGACCAUUUUCGACGUACCUUACAGCAGCAUGCUUGCACUCAACCGCCCAAUCAACGUCCUAUAGCCUCUCUUCUAUCUCCGCGUGCGUCAUUGCCACAUCACUUUCACGUUCACAAUUCUACCGACAUGCAUUAUUCUCACCCACGGACAGAGCAUAACCGGUACCUAGCGGGGCUGUGUUCUCCUGAUCUUCGAUUGUCUGGACAUACGGAACGUAACCGAUUUAGUAGAUUUACCCAAUUAUGGCAGCGGUACCAUCAUAAUCGAGUUGAUCCGACCAUCAAAUCAAGACAAGCGCUUCACCGGUUGUCCAUGCCUAUCCCGAGCCCUAACCUUGACUUUGAUCGAAACCCCGUAUCUGCUGUCAGUCAAUGGGCGCAGACACCGUCGCCACAAGCACGUCGCGAAUUUACAGUAUUAUCAAAAGAAUCCCGUGCUCUGCGUAUGUUUGGAGGAUCGUUAGCCACCAACGAACGACAAUAUUAUUAUUCAACAGCAUCGAAUUCGGGAGAAGAACGGGCCGUGGAUAAUUCGCAUUUAAACUCUUGGCUUCCCGGGUUAUUCCAUUUCAAGCAACCAAAAGUAUGCUCCAUCGACUGUUAUGCCAAAGACGAACGCGAAGCCGUGGGAAAGAUUGCUCAGGUGCUGGAAGAGUGCAUGCAGGGCCAUAUUGUUGAGCAAUAUGAUGCGAAUGGAUAUCUGAAGCGCAAAGGACAGAUGACCCUACCAGGCAUGGAUCAUGCACUACUGAAAUUCAAACUGGAGGUAGUUCGAGCACCCUACACAGACAACAACCAGCGACAAGUCAUGAGAGUGAAUUUCACACAGCAGCAGGGAGAGGCGAUGGCGUUGGUAGCUGCCGUGAAAAUGGUAGAAACCGCUUUGAAUACAUAUCAAAAGGAAGCUGAUCUGAUCGCUGCAGCUAAUGGCUGGGCAUGAGCUCCAUCGGCUGAAUAAAAAACAAGAAGGAUACCUGUG